AGUCAUUAUUCAGUUCCAUCUGUGAUGUUUAAUUGAUCGUUUUCCUGGCUGAGUUGGGCGUGUGAGAUACAUCCCUAAAUAUGUCUUAUGAUGUUAUUGCAAAUCAACCAGUCGUUAUUGAUAAUGGCUCUGGCGUUAUCAAGGCGGGAUUCGCUGGUGACCAAAUUCCAAAAUAUCACUUUCCAAACUUUGUUGGUCGACCAAAGCAUGUACGUGUCAUGGCAGGUGCCCUAGAGGGCGAUAUAUUCAUCGGUCCAAAGGCGGAGGAACAUCGAGGUCUUCUUAGUAUCAAAUACCCCAUGGAGCAUGGUAUAGUUAAAGACUGGAAUGAUAUGGAGAGGAUAUGGUCCUAUAUUUAUUCAAAAGAUCAACUACAGACAUUUUCAGAAGAGCACCCAGUAUUACUGACAGAAGCCCCUCUAAAUCCCAGAAAGAAUAGAGAGAAAGCAGCAGAAGUCUUCUUUGAAACAUUCAAUGUACCAGCUCUUUACAUCUCAAUGCAAGCCAUUCUUAGUUUAUAUGCUACUGGUAGAACGACAGGUGUUGUAUUAGAUUCAGGAGAUGGCGUUACGCAUGCUGUACCCAUCUAUGAAGGUUUUACGCUUCCUCAUUCAAUCAUGAGAGUAGAUCUAGCCGGGAGAGAUGUCACACGCUAUCUACGACUGCUACUCAGGAAAGAGGGCUUUGACUUCCAUACGUCAGCUGAGCUAGAAAUAGUCAAGUUCAUUAAAGAGCAAUCGUGUUACCUGUCAAUAAAUCCUCAGAAGGAUGAGACUUCAGAAGCAGAAAAGACUGUAUAUACUCUACCAGACGGCAGCCAUUUAGAGGUUGGUCAAGCCAAGUUCCGAGCACCCGAGCUUCUCUUCCGACCUGACCUUAUAGGAGAGGAAUGUGAAGGUCUUCAUGAGGUCUUGACCUUUGCCAUUGACAAGUCUGAUAUGGACCUAAGGAGAACGCUCUUCUCCAACAUUGUCUUGUCUGGUGGUUCAACGCUCUUCAAAGGCUUUGGUGAUCGUCUGCUAAGCGAGGUCAAAAAUCUUGCCCCUAAAGAUGUCAAAAUUAGGAUUUCAGCUCCCCAAGAGAGGUUAUACUCAACGUGGAUAGGAGGCUCUAUCUUGGCUUCCCUGGAUACCUUCAAGAAGAUGUGGGUCUCCAAGAAAGAAUACGAUGAUGAGGGAGUAAGAGCGAUCCAUCGGAAAACAUUCUAGCAAGCUCUAACUGUGUAAUAUUAUCACCAAGUAACUUUAACAGUAAAAUAAGAUACUUAAUUACAGCUGUACAGUUAUAACUAAUUAUGAAUGAACAAUUGUAUGUUGAUGCGGGGUGUGGCAGACUUUAGCUAGUGUAGAUAAACACCGAGUUCCCUUAUCAUGUAGAAUAAUGGAAACAUAUUCCAUUGCUAGUGAAAAUUGUAACCCUCGGGUAGUUAGUCAUUUGCAUUUGAUCAUGAAGGCCAGUAUUCACAAGGUUGGGUACUGCAUUGUGAAUGGAAUAAUACUUGCCAAUGUUGCAAUUUAUACCCAAACAUACAUUAUGGAAUAGCCUCCUUGCCUUGUGAAUUGACACCAAAGGGAAUUUAGAAGAAACUAUCUCAUUUCAAAGAAACAGAAGAACCGGAAAUGGAGGGGUAGAAUGGAAAAGAAAUUUUGCAUAUCUUCUAUUCAGCAUUCCAAGAAAUCUGCACGUUUGAGUAUCGCUGUACAGAAUAUUCCAAGGUAACUUUGGAUUUUACUUGCAUCUUAGAAAUUCUGUAGUCACCAGUUGUCCUAGUCCCAGCAGAAGUUUGUCACGCCCUCCACAUGUAUGCCUAUGAUAAAUAGCCUACCGGUAUACAGAGCUUUCUAUUCAAUGUUGAUAUCAUUGUCCACUUCUAUUUGACAUGCAUGCAGAGGGAAAAUGUGCUCCAGGCGGGAACAUUCAGAAAAAAACCUUCCUCGUUGAAUUUUCCUUUGUAGUUUUCUUGUAUUACUGCAGGAUCUGGUUCAUAAUUGUGAUAAAGAAAGUUAUAUCAUUUUAUACAAUUAGUUUCUUUUUUUAGUCAAUAUGUUAUAGAAAAUAAUAUGUAAUAUUUUAGUGAUACCAUCUUAGUGUUAGCUGGGAGACAGAAAACGAGAAGCACAUUGAAUAUUGAAAUCAAUUGUGUAUGACAUUCCAAAGAUUAGCCUUUAUGCAUUAUCAAUGCUUUUCUGCUGCAGCAAUAAGGCAAAAAGCUUUUUAGAGCGAAAAAAAGUGCUGCCUUGAUUUUCAAAGUUUGCAAAUCUGCACACUAUAAAGAAAUAAAAACGAACUAAAAAAUGAAUGUGCUAUAUAUUUCUUGCCCAUUUCUUUUUUUUUUCAUUGUUUUUGUUAAAAAUCCCAUGAGCCAGGAGCAUGUUUUCCUCUGUCAGUUCCCUAUGACUAGUUGUAUACCUGAAACCAAUGUAUGUAGUGAUGUAAUGUGUGCUGUGGUCUUGUCUCCUUAAAAUAUAUUUCACAAGGGCCAGUUAAUACAAACAGAUGCAAUCAAUGUUUUGUAAUUGAUCGUAAUUUCUUUAUGAAGAUUAUCACAGACUUAGGGGGUGUUGCAAGAAUAUAUUUGCAAUCAAUUUUGAGUUGAAAAAUUACAAGUGAUAUGUCCAUUUUGAAUAAAACAAAUCAAGUUAUUCUUGUUGAUGCAAGAAGAAGACCAUUGAUCAGUAGUAAAUUUGCAAUUAAUCGCAAAACUUAUGCUUGAUUUUGGGAUCUUAUAUUGACUUGCUACUAUUGCAACACCCCAUUACAGUUACAAUCUAUGGUACAACUGAUUGUUUCUUUUAUGUGACAGGGCCAAGUAUCACCAAUUAAUAAUGUUUCAUAUUUAAUGCUUCAUUCUUAAAAUAUGAUUAUAUCUUUCCCAUUACUGUGUAAUCACAGUAUUCUGCGUAGUCAUAGUAUUCUGUGUCAAUAUAAUAUGAUUUUAUUACAUAUUUGUUCGUGAAAACCACUGACGAGAUACCUGAUGAAAUUGUCCCCCAAAUUUAUAUAAUUGAUAAAAACCCAUUACUAAUCAAACACAUUGAUACAAGAAACAUCAGUUCCAUCAUCAAUCCAUUUCCAUUUGUUUUAAAUAGAAGACUUUGUGAGUGUAAACUCUGAUUACAAGAACGAGUAACAAAUGUAUUUAUUGUUUCUAUUUUUAGUACCAAUAUCUUGUGCUGCAUACUUGUUUUGGUUUCAGUGCCCCAUACCUAAGCAAACAGAUUUAUUAUUGUGGAAUUAUCAAAAUGAAUGAAGGCAUGUGCAUCAAAGUAUAAGCCGCUCUAAGUGUAUUGGUAUAGAAAAUCUGGAGUGGUUUUGGUACAGUGUAGUCAUGAAUACAUCAAAAUUAAGCACCAGAAAUAUGCGAUGAAUUGCAUUAUACUCCAUGGCAGAACAUAUGUUUAUAUGUUGUAGGUGAUAAAAAAUUUCCUGAUUGUAUUUGUUCAAAUCACAUUUAUAUUUUGUUUUUAUGACUAUAUGGAAUCCUAAUUCCAAAUUUAAUCGGUAGAGAUUUUAUCAUUUAACUUCAGAUAAAGCUGCCCUUAGCUUGUAUUUACAUGGGAAUUACAGUGAAUGAUGGAAAUCACUACUGGAUCCCAUUUCUUCAAGACUUUUUAUAAAUAACUAAUGAACGGUUGCUAUUACAAAUUUACUAUCAGCCAAUCAGAUUGCAGGAUUUCAGUAACUUUAAACUGUUAUUGCAAUUUGUUAUUAUAACAAGUUUUAUGAAACUUGCCUGUUUGGUACAAAAAAAAACGGUUUGACUUUGAUGAAAUUUGGCGUUGAUGUUAUUAACACAGGUUUUGCAUAUUCUGGUCUGAAAUAAUGCUUCGAGUAUAUGUGAUUAUUUUACUUUAAUACGUAAGGUAGAUUUUUGCAGAGUAUACUGUAUUUUAAUCAAUACUGCAUGACAAUUGAUUGCCUGUAUACUGAAUACUUCAUGAGGAAGUAAAAAGAUAUCAGUCAGGAAGUAAAAAAAUUUCAGACACGUCCUUUAGUUUAAAAAAAAGGAAAUAAAAAUAAAAUAUUGAUAUAAUCUAUAGGGCACUAUAUCACUGCACAUGUAAGUGAAAUUAUGAAGGGCACGCAAAAGUCUAAUGAGAGAGGCAUUGAGCCUAAUCAAACUUAAGGGCAUCCACGGUCAUACCUUUGGUUACCAUGGAUUAAUAUGAGCCCUGUUUUUAUCUGGAACUUGGGUAAUGAUUAGCAAUCAUGGCAAGUCUUCAUAGAACAUUUAGCAUUAUUUACUUUUAAUUUAUUAUUUAUUGUAAAUACACUGUAAACUUUUUCUUUUUGCUUUGAUAUGUUCCCUUUCUAUUGAAUCUUUGAUUGUUUUUAUUUAUGAAAUAUAUCUUAUUUUAGGAAUGAAAAUUCAAUAGAUGAAUUUAAAGAUGUACAGGAAUGACAAAGUUCUUUUUAAAAAUCUUUUAUUUUAUACCGGUUUUGUUUUUGUUUUGUUUUGGGGAAUCAAGGAAUGAGUAUUUGAUUUGUGGUGAUAAUGAUCACUGUUUUAGUUCAUGAAAAUUGCUCUUUAGUUUGUUAGUAUCAUGUUAUUUGUAGUUGUCCUGCCGAGUGUUCCAUUGUCUAUUUUACUCUACUUCUGAGAAAGCAUAAAUGCUUGUUAACAUAACAAGAAACGACUUAUGUUUGUCGGUCCAAAAGGACAGCUUUCCAACCCUACAAUUAAGUUGUAUGCCUCUUGAUACCAUGUUCUGUAAUCUUCCCAGUUUGGUUGGUGACAACAAUAUUUGGUUUUGCUCUUUCUUUCUCGAGCUGAAAAAAAUGAAGCUUACAUCUAAGAUUAUUAACAAGCACUUGUGUUGACCUUUUUCAUUCUUUUCAGGAGUUUAAAAAAAAAUUGAACUUACAGUGGUUUUGAGUAAUUCUGUCAUCUGUAUCUCAGCAAAUUGAUCACUAUUCAUUGGGGGGUGUAUCAUGCAAAUGAAAUCUGUCAAUGAGAGAAAUACAUGUAAUGAAUGUAUUCUGUCCAUCAUGUCGCCAUCAAUUAUUACAAUUGUUUAGAAAAGUCAAAAUCUUUUUUCAAGGAGCUUUUCAUGAAGUAAAUAUCUAUUAUACUUGUUCAUUUUUCUACCAUUGUUAAAGAUGUCUGUUUUAAGACGGCUCUUUCUGCAGUAGGCCAGAACUAUAAUUGUGUAUAUGAUUAAUAUUCUGAUUUUUUAAAUGCAGUUACACAUUAUUUAACAUAACCUAUUCCUAUAAUUUUUAAUUUCCUCUUUUUGUUUUAUACUUAAAUGUGACAAAAUUGUUGUCACUGAUUGUGAACACAUUUUAGAAUAUAACGGAUGAAUCGCACCUUCCAUUCCUGUAUUUUGCACUGAGUAACUAGCUGAAGAUGCUUGCUUUAUAGAAUGUGCAGAUGCAUACCUUACCCAUAAUCUAUUAUUGAUGGGCUUUACCCCCAAAAGAAGAUUUUUGAUGGAUACGUUACUUGAGUUUUGAAGAUACACCUUUGAGACUGUUACCGAUCUAGUUAUUUCCACUGUAUAAUACAUGGAUGGCAUGUUUAGAAUAGAUCAACCCUGUAGAAAUUGCAUUUCUGCUGAAAAAUAUUACUGAUACUUCUGCAAUUCUAUGUAGUGUAAAUAAAGAAGUAACUGUGACUCUGAA